CAGACAUCUCAAAACCCACAAAGUACACACAAAGCUGAAAAGAGCACUCACAGAUAAAAAGGCAUCCAGUUUCCAAACAGAGACAACCUUUUCACAGAGCAAUGGCUGCUGCCCAAGAACAAGAAGAAACCCAUGAACACCACCUACAACAAGAACUCAAUGAUGAUCAGCAUUAUGGGGAGCUCUUGGCCUCAUAUUUAGGCCUCAGUUUCACAAUCUUUCUUGGGUUCUUGCCCAAGUACUCCAUCCCUUUACUCUCUGCACUGCAGAACAAGAACAUGGCUCUCUCCUUUAAGCUCAUGCAGGCAGAGGAGCAGCUGAAGCAGCUUCACUGGAGAAGGAAGGAGGACUCCAAGGCCAAUGCAAGAGUUGUUGAAAUCUUUGCAAGCCACAGACAUGCUUGGCAGCAGGAAGAGAAGAGGCUGUUGCAGCAGAUCGAUGAGAGGAACGAGGAAAUAUCGUAUUUGAGGAGUAAAGUUGAAGACUUUGAAAGAUUGGAGGCUGAGAUGAAUGCUAAUGUUCAAGAUUUGAAGAGGGAAAUCGGUGAAAGGGAUGAAAUGUUAAACUUUGUGAGUAGAAGUAACUGUGAAGUGGAGAAGAGUAGUGGGGAGUGCUUUGGUGACAUGGGGUUGAGGGUGGAGGAGUUGGAUGCAAUGAGAGCUGUAUAUGGACAGAGUAACAAUGGGUUUAGUUCAGAUUUCUUGAAUUCUGCUGAAUCAAAGUUGUGGUCUGAAAAAGCUAAUACCUGGCCGGAUAUGCAGUAUGAAUCUGUUGAAUCAACGUACCAUUUAAAGCAUUUUGUGGCAAGAAGGGAAUCCCCUUGGAAAGUAGAUGGUGACUCUGCUGGAGUUUCUUCUAAACUAAAAGCACUCGAGCAGGAAUUAUUAAAUAUGGAAAGAGUUUGUAAGGCAGACCUGUCAAAGGUACCAUCGCAAAUGCGUAAGCAGGCCAAGAGGUAUCAAGCAUUAGCUGGGAAAAUAGGCGAUCUCUGUGGAAGAAUGCAAGCCAGUGAUCCCAAUGAGCCCACCCUCAGUUCAGAGUUUAGGACACAAAGGCAAACCGAGUAUUUGCUUGAAGCAUUUCGGCUGCAGCAGCGUGCAUCUGAAACUAAUCAGAAACUGACGGCAUUACAGACUGAGACUUUAAAGAGCUAUCAAAGAGAGGAGCCUGACGGCCAGGCGAAACUAGGCACAAAAAGAUCACUAGACUCUAUUAGAAACAACUUUAAAGAAAUCCAGAGAAGCUUAGAGAUAUGGCUGGCCAGAAUUAUAGGAGAUCUUGAAGGAAUUCUGGCCAGAGAUGGUGCUUCUCGUGUAAGGGAAUACUAUGUCUCCAGGUAUCCUUUUGUUCAAUAAAAAUGUUGGUCCUCACUUGCUCUCUUUUUUCUUUUUUUAAGCUUUUCUGGGGUUAAUGCAAAUGAAGUAGUUUGAGCAGCCAAAUCAUGCUCUUAGCUAGGAUGUACAAUUCUUAAUGAUCUUUAAUCCAUGAGACGAGGUCAUUAGUUAGAUCACUUCACAUAUUAAAAUUGGUUAG